AUGAUGGUGGUGGGUACAGGCACGUCGCUGGCGCUUUCCUCCCUCCUGUCCCUGCUGCUCUUCGCUGGGAUGCAGAUGUAUAGUCGCCAGCUGGCCUCCACCGAAUGGCUCACCAUCCAGGGCGGCCUGCUUGGUUCCGGCCUUUUCGUCUUCUCUCUCACUGCCUUCAAUAAUCUGGAGAAUCUUGUCUUUGGCAAAGGAUUCCAAGCAAAGAUCUUCCCUGAGAUUCUCCUCUGCCUCCUGUUAGCUCUCUUUGCAUCAGGCCUCAUCCACAGAGUCUGUGUUACCACUUGCUUCAUCUUCUCCAUGGUUGGUCUGUACUACAUCAACAAGAUCUCUUCCACUCUCUACCAGGCAACAGCUCCAGUCCUCACACCAGCCAAGGUUACGGGCAAGGGCAAAAAGAGAAAUUGA